GACGAGCAGACAUUUUGAAAAGAAAUUUCACGUGUGGAAGAAGCUAACUGCUGAAUUCAAGAGGAUUACAACCGUCAGUUUGCUGUCAAAGUUCUUCUCCCAGCUGGAUGCUCAUUCUUCAAACUUGAUGAGGGUGUUUGGCAAGAAAGGUGGCGUUCAAGGAAGAAAGAUAAGGAGCAUCAUGAUACCCAUCACCAAGACUGAUGCCAUUGAUGUCAAAAGAGAGUGCAUCAUCAAAGCCCUCUGUGUGUACCUGAAUGAAGAGCCCGAGAACCUUGUGAAAGAAUACAUGAACACAGAUGGAGGGAGCAGUGAAGCUGCAAUGAUGGAGACGACAUUUGGAAUAUUUGUCAUUCGCAAGGAAGGUGCAGAGCCAGGUGAUGGACCGGAAGAUGUAGGUAUAGUUCUGGAGAGCGUACAAGUUCUGGAUGGGCUGGGAAACGUGCCACUUGCUGUGGUCAUGUUGUUUGCGCUUGUAUAUGCGCUUAACCUCAGCUACCCGCCAGAGCUCAGAUACACCUUUGAAGCUUUGCAGAAGAUCAUCAUGGAGCUUGAUGGAAACAGACUCUCAAUAAAAAAAUCAAACACUGAAAACUCUACUUGCACGUUAGUCACCCUUAAUAGAGUAAACUACAGGUUUGGAGUUACUCUAAUGGGAAGGCAUUUGAAGCCAUUUGAGUAUUUACUGAAAUGGAAGCUGUGUUUGUGUUGUAAUAAAUCUUGUUGUAUUUUGGGUUUACAAAAUAGAAUGUUUUGAAAUGUUUCUUUAAGCAAAGGUAAGGUUUUAAAACAAAUUUUUUAUUUUCUAAAGAAAACUAUUUUGAUAUGCAUGCAUAAUGCUGUAUUUUGGUUUUCAAAUAUUGUUCUUUGUACUCAGUUGACAGGACCACUUUGUAUAUGACUUUGUAAAGAGCUUUGCAGAAAGCUCUAAAUAUAGACACCUAAUGACAGGGGGCUCCAAUUUCCUAACUCAGGAGUUACAACUUUUGUUUGUCUGUUGUUGUUUUUUUUACAGACAUGAUUUUGGACACUGUUU